GCCCGUGACUCGAGGGGCCGAGCCUGGCCGGUACUUGUGGCGCCCCAGCCGGCGGGGCGCGCUCUGGAGGCGCCUGUCAGUGGCAAGCGCGGACUAUCCUACGGCGGCCCUCGGGCAUUCGGUCGCUGCCUCCGGCUUGGGGGCCGUCCCGGGCGGCAGAAGUUGGCGGCGGGAUGUGCUCGGCCGGGCAGCUGCUAGGCGGCGGCGGCGGCGGAGGCAGCAGCGGGGAGCGCGACGAAGACCGAGACGCGCUGGCGGAGCGAACGGCGGCGGGGACAGAGCAGGAGUCCGGGGCCAGCCCGCGGCGGCGCGGGCGGCGGCCGCUGGAGGAGCGGGAGCAGGAUAUUGAAGAAUCACAAAACCACACUGGCGAGCCUGUGGGAGAUGACUACAAAAAGAUGGGAACACUUUUUGGUGAACUGAACAAAAGCCUACUCAACAUGGGCUUCACAAGGAUGUAUUUUGGAGAACAAAUCGUAGAACCAGUAAUAGUCAUUUUCUUUUGGGUUAUGCUGUGGUUCCUUGGCCUACCAGCCUUCGGACUAGUUGCUCUUCUUUGCCUUGUCAUUAUUUAUGUGCAGCAGUAAAAUAUGGCCAAAUGAACAUUUGGUUUGACAUUUGGUAGCCAGAUAUGUAAUUAGUGAAGUUAUAUAUUUCACUACAUAAAGGCUGAAAAGUUUGCCUUGUUUCAAAUUGUGUGUUGUUGUUUUGCAAUUAAAUUUGUAAGUUGAUGUUGUUUAAAAUUAAAUUCAACUUGAUUUUAAGAGGGUUGAAUAUAUAUAGUAGCUUAUUCAUAACUCUUGUUUAACUACUGUGAUCUGUGCCCACUUUUAAAUACUCCUAUUCCCAUGCCAGACCUUAAAUAACACCUAAAAGUGAGCAGGGAAAAUAGGAUACAAAAUUCAAAUCAGACAAUAUAGAUCUUGUAAAAGCUCUAAUAAAACAUUUUAGAAGAAAAAGGGUGAAACAGGGAGUGAAAAAUUUUAACUGGAGAAUUGCUCGUAACCCAACCAAAUAAAUCCAUAUUUUCUGGGAAAUAACUUGAAUUUCCAUUGUCCCUGCUCAGCCAAAACUAAUGUAAAUGACAGCUUCUAUACACUACCUUAAUAUUUUGAAAAUCAGUAAAGCUAGCACAUUUUCUAAAGAUUGUAAAGAAAUAUAUUUAUUAUAACUGGGAAAACUUCCCAAGUUAAAUAUAACUUUUUUAUAAUGUAAUACUUGGGCUUGGAAUUACUUCAGUAUAUCAUUUGGAGUUUUAGACAAUUUUGGUGCUAAUUAGUUUUUGUGAAUUUUUAAAGGCUCAUAAGCCAGGUCCAUAGUUGACUGUACCCCAUAGUAAUGAAUAUUUUCCUUGUAUUUUUUCCUAGAUAAACAUUUUCAGUGUAUUUUUUUUAGAAAUUUACAUUUUUAUAAUUCUUUUAUAGCAAUUAGUCUAAGAUUUUAAAAAUCUAUUUCCUAUCUUGACAUGGAUUUUCCCCUCAAAGUUGAUUUGUAUUAUGGCUGAAAUUCUUUAUUAUUCCUUUUUUUAAAAGAAAAAGCUCAUUUUCUUUAAUAUCUGUAUUAGACAUUACAGUAUUACAAUAUAAAACCAAAUGCUUAAAUUUGGAACUCAACAGCCAAUUGUAUCAUAUUCCUCUAAUGCUAAAGUCAAGUCAGUAAUUGGCCAGGCAUGUUAUUAAUGUGUCUUAAUUCAACACUUUGGGGUUUUAUAUUGAAAAAUAGCAUUUCUUUAAACAUAUUUAGAAAAUUAAAAAUGGCUUACUGAUAUUUUGGAUUUUGUUAAAAAAAAAUCUAAAAUCUUUAUACUUUGGUCUAAAAAAACUGUCUAUGUAGACAAAAGGUAGGUAGUUGAGAUAAUUAUCUAGAAAGUUAAAUAGAGGAAGAUGGGGCAAUGGGUUAUUUUUAUCUUUGGCAGGGCAAUAACUAAAGUGUGUAAAAUGUUUACUAUUCUACUUUAUAAAGUUUUUACCCAGUCCUGUUUCUAAAAUUUAUUCUGUAUGUCCUCAGCAUCUUCCAUACUGAAGCAGAAAAAUGAUGAAAAUGUUCAAUUUAGAUUUCUAAAAUUAGAUUAUCCUGAACAACAGUACCAAUCAGAGGGCACUAAAAAAUAUUAUUUGUUUGUGUAAAUACAGAUCUUUUAAAGUUUGACUUUGAAAAAAGACUUUGUACUAUAUCAUUGUGUUUUUACUGGGUUUGCAAUAUUUUUAAUAGUAACCUUUAUGAACCUGGCAUAAGAGCAAGUUAUUUGACAUUAUUCGUGUCCAGUAGAGUUGCGAGGUUUUUAAUAGAAGUCAUGAGAUUUUGUAUAUCUGCUUUCAAUAUUUAAAAGUGUAUUCCUUUGUAAUACUACUAGAAUUUUUAAUUUCCUUUUGGAAUGUAAAAAAAGAAAUAGUAUGCAUAAUAGCAGCUCUGGUUCUACCAGAGCUAAUAUUGAAAAUAUUUUUAAAAGUAAUUUUUAAUUGUCAAAUAUUAUACAUCUGUACACUGCUGUUAAUAGGAUGUAUAUUAAAUUCUAUAAAGAAAUGAGAUAUUUUGAUGCUAUCCUUUCUGCAUAUAUUAUUAGAAGAGCAUACCAACAAAUCAUUUGCUUUAAUAGGGAAAAAACAAACUUUGCUCAUUUGAUGGAAAUAAAAUAUUUUCUUUUAUGAAAGGUAUUAGAAUGCAAAUUAUACUGAUAUCUUGAAAUAAAAAGAAACUGGUCAUUUCUUUG